GCAAAUUCUUCCAAAAGGAUCAGAUUAAACACUAAACAUUGUGUAAAUUAAAAAAAUCUUCUGCUUCGAACGAUAACUUCCGGUUUUGGAACUCUUUUGUACUUCCUUUUAACGUCGGCCAUCAGUUAGAGACAUGGCCCCGAAGAGGAACAACGUUAUCCCAAAUGGGCAUUUUCACAAAGACUGGCAACGUUACGUGAGGAAUUGGUUCAACCAGCCUGCCAGAAAACAGAGGCGACAUGAUAACAGAGUCAAGAAAGCUCGCCGCAUUGCUCCAAGGCCAGUCGCUGGAUCUCUGAGACCCAUUGUCAGAUGUCCAACAUUCAAGUACAACACCAAAAUCAGGGCUGGCAAAGGAUUCACACUUGACGAGCUUAAGGCUGCUGGGAUUAACAAAAAGCUUGCCCUUACUAUUGGAAUUGCUGUUGACUACAGGCGUAAAAACAAGAGUCUGGAAUCACAGCAGCAAAACACUCAGAGACUGAAGGAGUACAAGUCCAAACUGAUCCUCUUCCCCAAGAAACAGAGCAAACCCAAGAAGGGAGAUGCCACAGAGGAGGAAAUCAAGAUGGCAACUCAGUUGACUGGCCUAGUUAUGCCAAUCAAAAAAGCAUACAAACCUGAAAAAGCAAGGAAAAUUACUGAUGCAGAGAAGAAAUUCAGUGCUUUCACUGCUCUCCGUCAAGCCCGUGCUGCCAAGAGACUGCAGGGCUUCCGCGAGAAGAAGGCCAGAGAAAAGGCAGAGGAGGAGGCCAACAAGCCCAAAAAAUAAACUUCACUGUCCUUACAAUAAAUAUGUACAAAGAA